AUGCACUAUUCCACGUUGUUGUAUGACAACCCUUUGGCAGAUUCAGGUUUGGCACCAGACCUCGGAGUCUCCACACCUCGGAGACGAGUUGCUGCCGGCCGCUGCCACGGCUGGGAUGUGUGCCUCCAGAUCAUUAUCCUCGAAGCCGCUUGGGCAUUUUCAUUAUUCUCUUGGAAGCAAGACCUGAUUUUUAUCUCUUUCUCCUGCAACACUCAUCUGCCCCGGAAUUAUGUCGAGGGGCUCGUAGACGGCCGAAUGCAAGUCGAUUUGGCCCGUAUGCUGGGCAACCUAUCUGCAAACGUCGACCCGAAUGUCAAUCCUGGUGCUGGAAUAAAUCGGUCAGUCGAUUGCCAGUUUGGCAGAGGCCUUGGAGUUUCAGAAGGCACAGCAAGGUGCCCUCUACAAUGA